AUGCGAAAUGCUAGGAUGGUGUAUCUGGGUUGGCGUCCUGAAGAAGAGCAAUACCAGUUUUGGCGUGACGAGUCUUGGACCGUGAUGUUCAUGGCGUCGUUCCUUGACCAUGGUAUCAAGGUCGUCGACUUGAGGUGGAUGAUGAGCAUGAAAGGCUUCGCUCGCAUUUGGAUCUGGCGUUUGGAACACACUUGUGGUCUUCUGUGGUCUUCUGUCGCGGGGUUGCCGAUUGUGAGUAAUUGCGGAAGCGCUGGGGCACUCACCUCGAUGAGCACGCUGUCCGCAAGGGUGUCAUACUGCGCUCACUUGACAGGCGCGUCAAUAUGUCCAUCUUCGCCUUGGACGGAAACUUGCCUGAUAACAACUUGCCACAUUGAUCGAGUGUGCCUGUCCUUUCUACGAUGA